CCAACCAUAUCGCAUAACACUGCCAAGUCACUAUUAGACGCGCGCCACUCCAACUCUAACCUAAGCGCCAUGGCUCAACCCCAACCUCCACCAGAUAAGCAAAAUAUCAGGCUCGGCGAUUUCGAGUACUUGUUCCAUUUUCCCACACAUAUUCGAGACUAUUACAAGCUCGAGCACGUGUUGGAACCCGCGGAAUCGAAUCCGAUAGCUGAAGGAAAGGAAUCUGCUCCUUCCAAGAAGACAGAUGACGGAACAAAGGCACCGAAUAACGCCAACUAUCGAGCCCGCCGCAAAUUAAGACAUUUGACUAACGGCAUGGCUGAACCGCGGGUUCGACUUACUCGUCAUCAAGGCCAGCUGAACUUUGGGAAUGAAUUACGCCACCUCCUACACGCGUACGGGGACCCAACCCCGCACCCCUCUUACCCCCAGGAACCCCUCCCAGAAACCCUGCGCGUCCUCGACGAGAUCGUGACAGACUUCAUAAUCGAAACCUGCCACUCCGCCGCACAAUGCGCCACAUACUCCCGCCGUCAGAAAAUCAAAGUGGACGACUUCCGCUUCGCACUCCGCCGUGACCCCGUCAAACUAGGCCGUGUGCAGGAACUGUUCCGCAUCGAGCGCGAGCUCAAAGAGGCCAGGAGAGCUUUUGACCAGAACGAUGACCAGGUCGGGGCUAGUGGGAAGAAGGGACUGGAGGAAUUGGCUGAGUCGGUUGCUGAUGGUGGAGAUGGGUCUGUGGCUGGAGGGGCGGGGACUGGAACGGGGACAACGGUAGGGAAGAAAGGAAAGGGGAAGGCUUUGUCUGUUAAGGCUACGGGGAAGAGAGGGGCGGAUUCGGUUUCUGACGGGGACCUGUCGAAGAAGCGGAGAAGUGCUGGGGGCUCCGUUGCUUAAUGUGACGCGUUGGAUUAGGAGGUGAAAAGGUUCAUUUUCCUUACUCGAUUAGUCUAUUUAGAUGCCGCUGUGUUUAUAUUGCAUUGCGAUGGCGUUUGGGAACAAUGAUUGGAUUUCACUCGUAUCAGAUUGCUGGGCUGACAAGCAACCAGAAUGGUAGCAAGAGUUCAAUCACUCUUGAUAUCUUUGAUUACGUGUGCAAUUCAAACGCGCCUUGGUGGGUGAUAAAAUUAAGUCUAAUUUAAGAUUCUAUACCACAUCAUUCAUUGACAUGUCGCACUCGCUUUUCCACAGUAGACACGAUAUCCCGAUAUGACAAAAGAAAACAGUCUACAUACGUUUCAUCGCGUCAUGUCCGCAUACUAAGACAAUACCCUUUUGCCGUCUUCUGAAUAAACCAGCAAAAGUCGCAAAAGAAGAUCAUGAAGGAUAAGGAACAGGAAGGAUGAAAAAAGAAAUGAAAAAUGGAUUCCAAUAAAACGACUCCAAUGACGCCUUGCUUUUGCCCCAACCCGAGCAACACUGCAAUGGUGUGGUAAAAAUCAGGGGCAAAGUCAUAUCCGCCGACUACAUCCCGAGGAAGAGAAAACUAGGAAUGUACUCUUGAUGCAUGGAUGAACCAUUG